AAUUCAACGUAAGUUGCAGAUAUGGAGGAGUUUUUCAUGUUGAGAAAAAUGGUCGCUACAGCCUCACACGAUCGGAAGCAGUCGAGCUCUGCAGAGCUCUCAAUAGUACCUUGGCAACACUAGAGCAGUUGAAGAGAGCUCAUGAGCUUGGAUUUGAAACGUGCAGGUAUGGUUUUGUAGUGGGGCAUGUUGUUAUCCCACGAAUCAAGCCCUAUCAUCUUUGUGCAGGAAAUAAUACAGGCAUUUCCAAGCUUUCAGCCAAUACAAGUGCUCGGUACGAUGCAUACUGUUACAAUGCCACAGAAACAAGGGGCACAGCGUGUGAGGCAAUUGAAAAACUGGAUACUUCUUUGCUCAGUAGUCAGGAUGAUAUAGUCAUUGACAACCCAGAUGGCUCACGUUAUAACGGAGAUGGCACACGUCACAACAGUGGAGAGUCCUCGACUUCAGGUGCAGAUGAUGACAAUGUAGGUAGUGGAUCAACUCAUGAGACAACUCCCAUGGAUACCACCAUCAGGAGAUCCAGCCCGUCGUACUAUGGAACCGCCGCUCCAGCCUCAGAGCUGCCAGAUCAUACUUAUGGGUGGUUUGAAAAAGGAAAUCCUGGAAGAGAUUAUGAUCAUGAAGUUUCAUCUGUAUCACCUGACACCUUUUUGGGGACAGCAACGGAUGAGUUCCAUGAAGGAGAUGGUGACCAGUAUGCUGCGAGUACUA